GUACAUUGGCUCAACUUAAAGUUUCAUGGAACGAAUAUCUUUUCAAUGUUAUACUUCCACAAGCUUGGGCAAAGUUUUUAAAUUGUCUUCCCAUCGAAGUAUCUGACAUAAACUCCAAUGAUUUUUAUACUUUUUGGCCAAUUGUUAAAAAAUCCGAUCCUGGAGGUUUUUUUAAUAAUCUUUUAUCAAAUACUAUUAAAAAUUUAAAGGUUACUGAUAAAGUUUUUUGUGGCCCUCCAAAAUCUUACUCAUUUGGAAAUAUGUCAGGUAUAUUACCAUUGGGUCAAAAGAUCUUUAAAUCUUAUGAAACUAUGUUUCAUUUGUUGUCAAUUGAAAAUGGCUUCUUUCCAGAUGAAUCUGCUCAUCCUAUUGUUUCAAAAAUUCUGGAAAGCAUAGGAUUUCCUAUAAUUAAUAUUGAUUCUAAAAUAUACAGUGACUUGAAAAAAUCUUAUCAUGUAGAUUCUUUAAAUAUUUACUCCCCACAUGUUAUUAGAAUGUAUCUUAUUCAAAAUAAAUCAAAAUGGGAAGACUUAAAAAGAGAUGAUAUUUUAUCUUUAUUUGAAUAUUUACUAAAAGACAAAAAUUAUGCUGAAUUAGAUGGUCUUACAAUGAUUCCGUUAUCUGAUAAAACUUUUGGAACGAUCUCACAGCAGGAAAAUUUGGACUUUUAUAUUUAUGAUAAUUCUAUUGGUGAUAAUGAUGAGCGAAAAAUUUUUGUAAAUCAUUUGAACAAAUUUAUUGAUAAAGACAUUCCUUCUGAAUUAUGGAAUCUAAUAUACAAAGGUGCUCAAGGAGGAUGGAACCUCAACAUUAAGAUUCUGGUUCCAUCUGUAGUAGCCAACAUGAUUAAAGAUGAAUUAAGUGGAUAUUCGGUUGAAUGUGAUGAGAUUCCAAUAGGCGACACUUAUAAUUGGAUUUUUAAAAUUUGGACGAAUUUUAAAGAAAGGGAUUAUGAUCUGACUGAAUUUGAAGAUAUUCAUUUAUUGCCUACUAAUAUUGGAACUCUUAGGAAAUUAAAAACCAAUCAAAGAUGUUUUUGGAAUAGUGUCGAUAAAAAACUUGACAAUAAUGUGCAGCCUCUUAUUGAGAAACUUGGAAUCGUUUUUGUUAAUAAGGAAUUUGAAAAACUUAUUACUUAUAGUCAUUCAAAGUUAUCAAAUUACGUAAUUGGUCUUGAAGACUUAACAGAGGUUUUGGUUUCUUUAAAUGUAGUUGAUACAUUUCCAAAAAAUGUUCAGAUAAAACUCAACGCUCAAGAAGCAGAAAUAAUUAUUGAUUAUUUACGCAAUUUAUCCCCUAACAAAUCUAUUAAUGAAGUCAUCAAGUAUCUUCCAAUUUUUUCCGAGAUUGGCAAAAAAGAACUUAUCGCACUUAAGCCCAGUGAAAGAAAAUGGUAUUUAUUACCUUCUGAAGACGAAAAAAACUAUGGAAAAAUAAUUGCACCAAAUACCGUAGGAUUUCUUGAUAUAUCAACACCUAACAAAAGAUUUCUUUUAGAAAGCAUUAUAAAAGUUAGUCGACUAUCACAACAAGAAUAUUGGACUGAAUUUGUGAUCCCAUAUUUGGAAAAACAAACGCCUACAACACUUGAAAUUGUAAUUAUAAAACUUUUUGAACGGUUACAACUUCUCCUUUCAGAAAAUCCGAAUUUAAAAUCUGCUUUGGGAAAUACAGCGUUUAUACCAACAAGUGCGAUUCUUAAUAUACAGGAAAAAGAAAAUCAAGAAAUAUUUUUUGAAUUAAAAAAACCUACAGAUUUAUUUGAUAUUGAUAAUCAUUAUAUUUCAGGAUUAUUUUUUGAUGAUGAGCAUCUAUUUCCUGCCAGAAAUUUCUUAGAGAAGUAUCAUGACAUCUUUUUGACACAAUUAAAAACGUCGGGAAUGAAAUUAUGGCUUUCUUCAAAUGAUAUUAUUCAACGUCUAGAUGUGUUUGCCAAACGAAAGAAGGAUGAAUUUGAUAUUGUGCAUAAAAAGUCUCUGAAUCUAGUUCAAUACAUUGAUAAAAAUUAUGAUAAACAUUUAGAUAUAAAUCAAUUAUUACAGACUAGAGAAUGGAUACCAACAAUUGAUUUCGCUGGUAAAAAAUUAUUUUCUAAAGUAAAUGAAUGCCGAAGCAUAAAGUAUAAAAAUUUAGUCAGACUGGUAAUGCCAACUAUAGAAUAUACUUUUGAGAAUAAAAUUUUCAUUGAAAAUAUGCAAUGGGAUACUUGUCCACCCGUUGAUAUUGUUCUCGCUCAACUUAAGACUUGUUCAUUAAUGGAAACAAUACAUGAAAACACUCCCAAAAUAUGUGAAGAGAUUUAUAAAUAUAUGAAUGAGAAGAUGAAGCAAAAUUCAAAUUUGGAUAAAUUUAAAGAGAAACUUAAAGAUGAAAAAUGGAUUUUUGCAAUGGUUACUUUUAUCCAACAUACAAAACCAUACGAAAAUUUAUUUAAAGCAAUGGGUGUUAAACAAAAAACAGAUAUCCGUCACUUGAUAAAAAUUAUAAAAGAAUUCCCUUCUAAUGAGGCUAUGUCGAGUGAAGAAUUACGUGAUGUAGUAUCGGCUAUUGAACUAAUUGCAAAUAGAGUUAAUGAACAAAGUGGUAAUCGUGAAAUUUUAACAGAUUGUCAACUAGUGAAUUUAUAUGAAAUUUAUUAUGAUGAUAUGAAAACAAGGUUGGAUGAUAAUGAGAAAAAGGGAUUAAAAAUAGUUCAUUCUUUGAUUUCUUAUUUUGCUGUAAAAACUCUCGGAAUAAAAAUGCUUGCUGGUAAAUUUGUCGAAUCUAAUUAUUCAAAAGAUUAUGGAGAUUAUGGAGAGAUUCAUGGUCAAAGUGAACAAUUAGCUGUUAGAAUAAAUAAUAUCAUUAGUGCCAGUUACUUGACAUCACACAUGCGACAAUAUAUGUGUUGUCAGGAUUAUUCAAUUGAAUCAUUAUUUACUGAAUUUCUACAGAAUGCGGAUGAUGCUGGAGCAAAAGAAAUUUGGACCAGCCUAUGGAUAUAUAAUGAUGCAAAUUUUACUUCACAUGAUUUUGAAUCCAUAAAGAAACUUGGAAUGGGAGGAAAGAGGGAUGAUAAAACAAAAAUAGGAAGAUUUGGUAUUGGUUUCAAUUGUGCAUGCCAUUUGACUGACUUGCCUAGCUUUGUUAGUGGAGAGCACAUAGUUUUCUUUGACCCACUACAAAAAUUUUUGCCAAAAACUGGAAAUCCACCUUCAAGUCCUAGUGGAAUAAAACUUAAUUUUAUUGAUAAAGAUUUCAAAAAACGAUUUGAAAAUCAAGCAUCUACAUAUGCCGGAAUUUUUAAUUGUGAAUUUAAAAAGAAAUUUAAUGGAACUUUAUUUAGAUUACCUCUACGAACAGUACAAAGUGAAAUAUCAAGUCAAAUAAUAAACUCAAAGGAUCUCAAAAGCAAAAUAUUUGAAAAUAUACAAGGAAGUCGCGAGAUAUUAUUUCUAAGAAAUAUUGAACAAUGCAGUUUGCAUCAAAUGAAUGAAAAGGGCAAUCUAGAUUUAAUUUGGGAGGCAAAGAUUCAGAAUAUGAAUGAUAUUCGUGAACUACGCACUUCUCAUUCAUAUGAUGAUGAUGGUGAUUUGAUAGACAAAUCAAAAUCUGAAGAAAGUUAUAAAGAGAUUAACCUUGCAGCAAGAGGUGGUGUUGCUGCGUUAUUGUCUAUAGGAGAAGACAAAUCGUUGAAAGAGCUUAGAGCUAAAAAGUCUUCCAGCAUUCCAUCACUCAAGGGAAAGGUUUAUUCUUAUCUUCCACUACAAAUAUCUGCACCUUUUGGCGUUCAUAUCAAUGGUGCAUUUUUCCUAUCAAGUGAUCGAAAGAACAUUGCGUUACAAGCUAAUAACGAUUUUAUAACGGCAGAAACUGAGGUUGAGAACACAACAUCUCAGAGAGUAUGGAAUAGUUAUAUUUUGUUAGAUGUCUUGCCUAAACUACACGCCAAGCUUUUAGAACACAUAACUAAUCAAUUGAUGUCACCAUUUAAUGAUCAAAUUAUUUCACAAUUGUGGCCAAUAACACCUUCAACGUCAAGUAUAUUCAGAGAAUAUGGGCUAAAUGUGAUCAGUCAAAUACACUUUAAAAAGUAUAAAUUUUUUUGGUCUGAAGCAAAUGGAGGCUCUCUUACUUCAUUAGAUAAGGCUUAUUUUGUCGCCUCAAAUGAUUCAACUAUUGCAGAUUUUCUUAUAUCUCGAGGAGUAAAUUGGGAAAUUGUCAAAAUAUCUGAGGAUAAAUUGAAUCAUAUUAAAGAGAUGAUUAAAAAAAUGAAUUAUUCGCCUAUCAAUUCAAUUACUCCAAAAGAAGUUUGUUCUUUGCUUCAAAAAAAUCCAAAUAUUCUGAAAGUUGAAAACGAAAAGUUGCAUAAAAUAUCAUUUCAGUUUUUAAAUUUUGUCAUUCAAGACGACUAUAAACAACUAAAGGGUUUACAAUUACUACCACUCUGUGAUAAAUCCUUAGGAACUUUUGGUUCACAAAUAUAUUACAUUGCGAAACAAGAGUUACGGAAUUUAUUUCCUAAUGCAUUGUCAAAAUCUUUAAACGCAGAUUCCACUAUUGACUUACUAGAAUUUGAACUAGAACGUGAUAAAGAAAUUGAUUUGAUACCUUCCGGAAAAGAACAUUGGAUUGGCAAAAUACUGUCAAUAUUUACAGCACCGGAUGCAGUAUAUGACUUUAAUAGAUUGUCAAGAUAUCCAAUAUUGUCAACUUGCGAACCUUAUAAUAAACUCGUUUUACCCGAUCGGCUUAACCCUUUAUUGAUGCAUUUUUCAGAUCAACAAAUGGUAUCAAUAUUCAUAAAGCUUGGUGUCAGAUUCACAAAGAUAAGUCUGCGUGAUGAUUGUAAUCCAAAUAUUAAACAAUGUAUCUUGCAACCAACUACAACGAAUAAGAUUAAAUCUCUAGAAAUGGCCAUUAAAAAACUUUCAAUACCUUUGAAACAAUUAUUUGAUGAAAAACUAGAUGAAAAUGAUAUUAAAAGGUUUAGAUCAUUUAUCAAAAAUGAGUUUAUUACUGAUAAAAGUGAUGAUAAAGAUAAAUUAAUUCAAUUUGUAAAAACCUUACCUAUAUGGCUUACUCAGUCAGGUAGUACUUGUAUAUCCGCUCAAGAAGGAAUGUUACCUGAACCCGAAAUUCUUUUAUUCAAUAUUAAGGGAAAAUCAAAAAUUUUUCUUAUAAAAUCUAAAUCAGACUUUUCCACAUUGAGAAGUCUAGGCGUCAAAAUUAUUGAUGCGGGGAAAUAUUUUAAAAAGCAUCUGGACUUACAAACCAUCAAAUUGGAUCAGGAAUAUAUUGAAUUUAUAAAAGCGGUCCUUUCUUUAAAAAAAGAUGAUAUUGAAAAUUAUUUAUCACCGCUUAAAAUGGUUCCCAAUUAUAAUCUCACAGAACUUGUCAGAGCGAAAACUUUGUAUGAUAUAGAUGUACCACUUUUUCGUAAAAUUUUUUGGAAAACAGGCAAAUUUCCACACCCUACAUUACAGGGGAAUAUUAAAUGUUUAAAUGUUCUAAAAAGAAUGGGGUUAAAAUCUCAAAUCAAUUCUCAGACGUUCCUUGAAUGUGUACGUGAAAUUGGUUCAAGAGUUCGGAUAUAUGAAUUUGAUCUGCUAAAAAAUGAUGCAAAAUUCUUAAUAGAAUAUUUAUAUGAACACUUUACAACUUUAAAUUUCACAUUUGAUCAAUGGCAAGAGUUGAUAUCAAUUAAAUUCGUACCAGUAGAUACGGAUCUGGAAAGCCCAUUAAACGAAACUGCUGUUGUUGUAACAACAGGAUUUGAAUCAAUUAAUUCUAUAUGCUAUCAAGAGUAUAAACUACUCUGUUGGACACAGUGUCCAUUAUUUUUAAAAUCAAUAGAACCACCAAAUCCAUUUAGAAUUAAAUUUCCUGAAUUAUGUCAUCCUACAAUUAGUAUGAUUUUUGAUAAUUUAUGUUAUGUCGCGAAUAACAUAUCUCAGUCGGGAAAUGAAUCAUGGAAAUCACCAAAAGGAGUUCAAUUAAUUCCGGAUAUUGUAAAGAUGACAUAUACAAUACUAGAAGAUCGACUUAAAAAUAAUGAGAAUCUCGAUAAUGAAAUAGUCUCAAAUUUACAAACCCGUGCACUAUUUUUGAAUGGUAAUGAUCCUUUUAUCGCUGAAAAUUGGGUUGCAGGGAACAUUCUUGUUUUCGGUGCACAGAAAGAUAUUGGGAUUGGGAUUCAUACAGUCCAUGAUAAUUUGAAAGGAUUUGAGUUACUAUUGAAAAUAGCCGGGGAUAAGGAAAUCAAAAAUGUUGAGUUCACUGUAGAAAUACCAAAUUAUUCACAAAAAGAAGUGUUGCUUAGUGAGCUUUUAGAGAAAUUUGAAAAACAGGAUAUUGCUAAUGUUGAGUUUCAAAUUUAUCAUAAAAGUGCUGCUUCGAAACAUUUCGCAUCACUUUGUGGAAAAAUGGAGGAAGCUACAGGGCAUCAAAAAGUAACUGUUCCCAUCAGAGAUGUCGAACCUACAGCAUUUCUUGUUCUAAUUCGUUGGUUACAUGGUCAAACACUUGAAGAAGCUAUUUCAGCAACUUUUAACAAGUCUCAGGAACAGGCUCAGAAUGAUAUAGAAUUAAAGGAACCAGAAACAUCCCCAGAGGACAAUCCCAAAUAUUUUUCAGCGCUCCCAAAUCUACAUCCAAAAUGUUCUGAUGUAUUCCUCGUUGAUUUGCUUAAAGCUUCACAUAAAUAUAAAAUUAAUCCAUUGAAAAAUCAAGUUGAAGUAAUGAUAAUAAAAAGAUCUUAUGUUAAUAUUAAUAAUGCAAUUAAAAUCAAUAAAUGGGCGAAAUUGCUUAGUGCAAACCAACUUAUCAAAUAUUGUGAUAAAUUUAUAAAUGAGAAUAAAUCGCUUUUUAAUGGACAAACAGAAAAAUGA